CGAGUACCACGAGCUCAUCAUACCUGCAGCUUUGAGUAACAAGCAUAAAAUGCCACACACACACCAUUGGUCUUCAUCCAUUGAACCAGGACAGUCAUGAUACGACUUCUGUUUCUCAUUCUCGGCCUCUUGGCUGUUGCAUUUGCUGUUGAAGGAGAAAAUGAAGUAGAAAGGAAAAAAGACAACAGUGAUGUUGGUGAAGAGAGCUCUGGAGCAAUUGGUAAUGAGCUUGAAAAGAGAGGUGACAAAACGAUGCCAAACAUUGGAUACCUAUUCAAAGGAUAUAAUGUUUUAGAAGGAAAUCCUAUGGAUCCAGAAAAGUUUGAUCCCGGUUUCAGAGCAAAAAUUUUCCAGGCCUCGUACCAGCAGGACAGAUUAACUGACGAUAGACAAUUCAAAAUCCCGGACAAUGUGGAUCUGGAUGAAAAGGAGGCAUGUAGUUCAUCAUUUUCUGCCGAGUCAGUAAUGACUGAGUCGGAUUACCAGAAAAGCUUGAUGGCAAAGGCAGCAGUAUCUGGGUCCGGGCAGGUAGGCGUGGUAGAAGCCUCAUUUUCAGCAAGUACUGAGUACACCGAAAUGUCAAAAUCAUUGAAGUCGAAUACGAAAUCUGUGAUAAAAACUGAAGCAACUUGUAUCGUCUAUGAAGCCAGGGUGCAGACAGGGACACCACCAGAAUUCACUGCCAACUUUCUUGAGACAGUCAAACGUCUUGGUCAGGACCCAGAGGGCUAUGGACGUUUUCUGGACACAUUUGGAACACAUUUUGUGGAAACAGUUGACAUGGGAGCAAGAUACGCAAAGUUGCAAAUAAUUUCGAAAAGUAAUCAAGAGAAGUUGAGCAAAAGUGGCAUUGACGUGAAAUUUGCAGCUGAAGCCUCUGCUGCCGGCAUCGGGUCUGCAAAGGCAGAAUUCCAAUUCAAAGUUGAUGAAGAGCAAAAGAACAAAUUCGAGAAGUCGGUAGAGACGACCAAGACCGUGACGAUUGGAUCAAGGCCACCAGCAAAUGGUGAUCAUGACGCAUGGAUGCAAGCAUCAGUGGAAAAUCCAAUGCCUACAUACUAUCGACUGAAAAGCAUUCUGGAUGUUUUCCGACCUGCCUUCUUCAAAGAUGAUUCUGUAGACUACAGAAAGAUAAGAACAGAACUUUCACAAUACUUGCAGGGCUAUUGCAGUAGGUUGAAGAAAACACAAUUCCCAAAUGUUGCUUGCGAAGGCCCCUCAAAAGGAUGUGCAGGCGGCACCCAAUGCAGCGUCAAUGCGAUUUGUACAGAUAAUACAAACAGUGGAGAUCAAGAUCAUUUGUACAAUUGCAAAUGUAAAGAUAGGUAUGAAGGAGAUGGAAAGCUUUGCGAGAGAAAACUGCAGUGGCAGCUGACGGAUGAGAUAAAGCAAGAAGAAAAUAGAGGAGGAUGGGGAACUUGGGGAACCAUGGACUAUUGUGAUAAUGGUGUCUUUGCUAAUGGAUUUUUGUUAAAGGCAGAAAAACCUCAAGGUUCUAGUGACGACACUGGUGCCAACGCUGUUUGUUUACAAUGCGGUGACAGGCAAAAGUGUUCCAAUAAGGGGCCAUGGGGUGAUUGGUCAGACAAAAUCAGUUGUCCAGAAGGAAGCUAUUUAUCUGGCUGGAGGCAAAACGUAGAGGACCCUAUUGGGAAAAGAGAUGAUACUGCCUUAGACAACGUGGAGUAUCGCUGCAGAGAUAUAGAGACCUGGAAGCAAACGAAGCAGAUAAAAACGAAAGCAGAAGAAUGGGGAAGAUGGAGCAGGUUUCAAGAAUGUCGAAGGGGAGAAUUCAUAUGUGGAAUCAAAACCAGAGUAGAGAGUCCUGGUGGUGAUGACACUGCUCUUAAUGACAUUAUACACCAAUGCUGUAAACCAGUUCUAGACAAGAAGAAGGAUAAAAAGUUCAAGUAUGGCAGAAGAUCAUAAUCAAAGGAAGCCAAGAAGAUUGAUUUGAGAAUUGUUAUAAUGGCUUUGAGAAUAAUGAACUUCAGCAAAUUAUGUGCAUCUGUGCUUCUUGUUCUACUUAAGUAACUUUGUUGAAGCUAUCUUGCAAAAACAUA